AUGGUAGCAGAUAGCCUGGAGAAGUGGCAUGAGAAGUUAAGAGAUGCUCUGUGGGCUUACAGAACCUCAAAGUGGGUAGGAACUGGAACCACCCUUUAUGCUUUAACCUUUGGGCAAGAUGUUAUACUCCCUAUGGAAAUCAAUAUUGAAGAUUUAGAUGCAACCCAAAUUCUAGCCUUGAAUAAAAUCCAAGAAGGGAAGAAGGUUGUUGCCCAAGCAUACAACAAGAUAGUGAAGUUAAAGGCCUUCAAUGAGGGAGAGUUAGUAUGGAAGACAGUGUUACCCUUGGGAGCUCAAGUUAGAGGUUUUGGGAAGUGGAGUCCCACUUGGGCAGAUCCUUUCAUUAUCAACCAAGUGUUUGAUAGAUGA